UGGCAAAGGGCUGCUCAGAGAAGGCCUGUGCCUCAAGGCUCAAACCUCUAGCCGCAAACCCCAAUAGCCAACGUGUUGCAGCUGGGCUUGGCAUUUAGGACCUGCAGCAGAACCACUCUAAGGACCCUCUUGUGAGGGACAGAGACUAUAAGAUGUCUGUGAACAGACCAGGACGUCCUGAUGAAGAGGCCCUCUGUCACGAGGGGGUUCCAGAGGACAAACCGGACAGUGCUCUGGGUGCCAUGAGGAGCGCUCCCUGCCUGGACACAGAGCUGUCACCAGGCUUGAGGAUGUUGCAGGAGCAGAUGGGGUCAGAGCCCCAAACCAUGCUCAAGGGGGGCCCAACCCAGGGACUGGGGAAGUGGGCUGGUGGACUGGAGGAGCAGGGCCCUGAGGAGACCCCGGCCUUCAGCAAGCAGCCCAGCAGCACAGCCUUCGCAGUGGACCAGGAGAACAACGAGGUGCCCGAACCUGGUCCAAUGCGGUCCAGCAGGGAGUCUCCAGGACUCCAAGGGCCUAAAGGGGAGGUGCUGCAGCUAUACCAUGAGGUGGCUCUAGCACCUGCCCAGUGCUUGUGGAGCAGUGCCCGGGACCAGCCUGUCCAGCUCCGCAUGGUCUCGUCAGGACCUGGCUCGGAGACCCCCAUGACCAUCAUGCAGAUGUUCCAGGAGACGGUGGGAAGCUACGGCCAUCUGCCUGCUCUGGUGGCCAAGCAACAGGGUCAGUGGGAGACGCUAACCUACCAUGAGUACUACCAGCAGUGCCGUGCAGCAGCCAAGAGCUUCCUCAAGCUGGGGCUGGAGCGUUACCAUGGAGUUGGCAUCCUGGGCUUCAACUCGCCAGAGUGGCUCAUUGCAGACAUUGGCUGCAUCAUGGCUGGAGGUCUGGCUGUUGGCAUCUACACCACCAACUCCCCAGAGGCUUGUCAGUAUGUGGCUGACCACUGUGAGGCCAACAUUGUGGUUGUGGAAGACCACAAACAACUAGUGAAGAUCCUGAAGGUGAAAGACCAGUUACCACACCUAAAAGCCAUCAUCCAGUACAAAGAUGAACUGGAGCAGAAGCUUCCAAAUCUGUACACGUGGGAAGAGUUUCUCCAGCUUGGACAAGGUUUGCCAGAUGACAUUCUGGACCAGAUAAUCUCCAGCCAGAAGGCCAAUGAAUGCUGUAGCCUCAUCUACACCUCGGGCACCACAGGCAACCCCAAGGGUGUCAUGCUGAGCCAUGACAAUGUGACAUGGAUGGCAAACAUGGUAGGAGUCAUGACAGAACUGAAGGGCGAGGAAGUGAUUGUCAGCUACCUGCCUCUCAGCCACGUGGCCGCACAAGUCAAUGACAUAUGGAUCUGCAUGCGCUAUGCCGGGACUGUGUAUUUUGCUGACGCAGAUGCCUUGAAGGGCUCCCUAGUCAACACUUUGCGCGAAGUUCGUCCCACCUCUUUCUUGGGUGUCCCAAGAGUUUACGAGAAGAUUCAGGAGAAGAUGAAGGCUGUUGAAGCAAAGUCUUCCACUGUGAAGAAGUGGGUAGCUGACUGGGCCAAGUCCAUUGGGCUGCAGGCCAGCUAUAAUGCCAUGAAUGGGAAUCCCACAGUGCCCUGGGGCUACAUGGUUGCAAGUAACCUGGUGUUCAAGAAGGUGAGACAGGCACUGGGCCUGGACCGCUGCAAGGCAUGCUACACAGGGGCUGCGCCAAUUGCCAAGGAGACACUGGAAUACUUCAUGAGCCUGGGAAUUCCUCUCUAUGAGCUGUAUGGCAUGAGCGAGAGCGCAGGACCCCACACCAUGUCCUGGGAGGGUGCCUUCCGUAUCAUGAGCUGUGGCAGGGAGCUUUUGGGAGUGCAUUCGAAGCUGGACAAGCCAGAUGUGGAUGGCAAUGGGGAGAUAUGUUACUGGGGCCGCCAUGUGUUCAUGGGCUACCUGAACAUGCCUGACAAGACAGAGGAAGUACUGGACCUGGAGGGCUGGCUGCACUCUGGAGAUGUGGGCAAGCAUGAUGAUGAUGGCUUCCUCUACAUCACUGGCAGGAUAAAGGAGCUCAUCAUCACAGCAGGUGGGGAGAAUAUUCCACCAGUACCCAUUGAGGACCGUGUGAAGGAGGAGCUGCCCUUUGUAAGCAACGCCAUGCUGGUUGGAGACAAGAGGAAGUUCCUCUCUGUGCUGCUCACCCUUAAGUGUGUUGUAGAUGAGGCCGGGGACCUAACCGACUUGCUGGCUCAAGAGACUGUGGACUACUUCCAGCAGCUUGGCGUAGUGGCCACGUGUGUGUCAGAUAUCAAGGACGACAAGGAACCGGCCGUGUAUGAGGCCAUCUGCAAGGGUGUGGCGCGUGUCAAUGCCAGGGCUACUUCCAAUGCACAGAAGAUCCAGAAAUGGACUGUCCUGGAGCGGGACUUCUCCGUAGUGGGUGGAGAGCUGGGUCCCACCAUGAAGCUGAAGAGGCCUGUUGUUCACAAAAUGUACAAAGAGGAGAUUGAGAGGCUCUACAUGGAGUAAAGUGGGAGUAGUUUGUGCACUGAGCAGCGCUCAUUGAUCACUCAGGGUUUGGGUUUUGCACUUUCUGUAGGCAAACUGACCUCUUGUGCCUUAAGGGUCUGUGGAGGCACUUUAGGGAUGUCCAGUGGUGUAGGAAUGCUCCUGUAACAGCUGAUGUGUUCAAUGUGAAAUUGUAGGACUGAACCCUGUGUGUGAGGUUCAGUCCUGUUUAUGGUCCCUGAUUCGAUUUGUUUGUUCUGCUCAGUGAAGUUGUAAAUGGGCUUUAACACCCCCUUCCCUGUAAUGCACUAGAAUUGUGCUCUCAGUAAAAGAUUUUCUCCAAA